AUGGCAGAUGCAAAAUCUACAACUACACCAUUAGCUACACACUUCAAGCUAAAGAGCCUAACAAAAGCAGAAAGGAAGGAAGAAGUAGUUCAUAUGGAAAAUAAGCCCUAUGCUAGUGCAGUGGGUAGUCUAAUGUAUGCAAUGAUUGGUUCAAGACCUGACUUGGCCUAUGCAGUGGGAGUUAUCAGUAGGUUUAUGUCAAAUCCAGGCAGAGAACAUUGGACAGCAGUUAAAUGGGUACUUAGGUAUCUACGAGGUGCUUCUAAAGACUGUCUAACCUUUACCAAGAACAAGGAAUUCAGUAUUGAAGGGUUUUGCGACUCAGACUAUGCUACAGAUAUUGAUAAACGAAGAUCAGUUACAGGAUUUAUCUUUCAGGUUUGGGGAAAUACAAUAUCCUGGAGAUCUAAUCUACAAAGUGUUGUGGCAUUAUCAACUACUGAAGCCGAGUACAUGGCUCUAACCUCAGCAGUGAGGGAAGCUAUUUGGCUAAAGGGUAUCUGUGAAGAAUUGGGUUUUGAAACAGGCGCAGUUAAGAUACACUGUGAUUCGCAAAGCGCAUUGGCUCUAGCCAAGAAUUCAGUUCAUCACGAAAGAACGAAGCACAUAGCUACUAAAUAUCAUUUCAUUCGGGAUAUAGUAGCUGAAGAAACAGUAAAGCUAUUCAAGAUUCACAUUAGCAUGAAUCCAGCAGAUUUUCUAACUAAGGCCUUACCCGGUCCGAAGUUUCAACUCUGCUGCGAUCUUGUUAACGCUCCGUGGGAAGAAUUUGAGUUACCUGUCGAGCAGAUCGGAGCUGAGGGAGAGUCUUCAGUUCCAGGUGGAGCUAUCUGCAUGAGAAGAUCAAGUACAGAUUUGGGUUUCUCAGAUGUUUACAUGUUGAGUCUAGCAGCGGAAGAUCAUCGGGUGUUCUUCAGGAACGCUCCAGAGGUCUUGUUGAGUCCGGCGGAUGCAAGCGGUUCGAGUCCGUCGCAUCCAGAGUCGCCAUCACGCGAAGACAAGAGAGAGAGAGAAGAGUUAGGGUUCGGCGGAGUUCACAGGAGAGUUGUCUGA